AUGUCGUAAAACAGUUUCCGUUAGGUCGACUCAAAAAAAUGGGGGACGGGGAAAAUGUCGUGCAGAAAGAGUUUAGAGUCUCUCUGUUUGAAAGGACAAAAGAUAAAGUAAAUGGAAAGCUUAUGCUGGGUAUUGAGGCUUUCUUUAGCAAACCUGCAAGUUACUUAAAAGAGAACUGGAUUGAGCCUAUGCAGGCAAAGCACCGCGGGAAUUAUUACCACAGGCGGUUCCGGCGAGUUCCCACCAUUGAUGAGUGCUUAGUAGAUGAUCAGCUGUGUAUGUAUGAGGCCAAUGAACAGAUGAAGAGGGAUAAAAUGGUAGAUAAACAAAUUGUUAAACAUCUUAAAAUACGAUUUGAUGAAUGUCGACGAAAGUACCAGGAUGGUGCCCAAACGAGAUGUUACCAGACGUAUGAGGACUGGCAAAAUACAAGGGAGGACUUUUUGGUCAAAUGGGGAGACAUGCCUCCACAGCACAGCGCCCUGGAUGUUUACUACAAACAGGUGCACAGAAUGAUCCACGAGCGCCGACAACGUGAAAAUCCAGAGAAUAAGCAAAAAUCGGUAUAGACUAUGAACACACACAGUGUCAGUGAGAGCAGCAAGGCUGUAUUAUGUGUAAAUAAAGGGUUUAUUUCUGUU